AUGAUAUUGGCGCUGGACCUGUACGCUGUACUCUGUUGCUGCAGCUUUAGCAUCACAGCACGUGAUUUCACACUGCUCAUCGUCCAGCGCAAGCGCCGACACGGCGCGUAUAUCAUCCAUUCGGCCCCAUCCAUCAUCCCAGACAUUGUACAAGCGCCGCAGUUGCUAUUCAGACUCUGCUCAGGUAACCCCAAUCUCUUUAUGUCUCAUCCAGGCGCGUAUGAAAUGCUUCCCCGUGGCAGAUCCAGGUCUGACUCCCUAGAGUGUGCCAGCACCAUGGAAGCCAGUUCCUUUUUACCUGUCGCCCUAGGUGCGCAGGGCCGUGUUGGAUGCUUUCUUUCUAAUCCAUUUCCUUUGAUUUUCUUUGUGUCUUGA